AUGUCUUCGAAACAAGAAAGUAGAAAGACACAGCUAGGCAACGAGGACCUAGUACCUUUUGACCAUGCUGCUGCGGGACACAAUGCUAACAAAUCAUUUCUAUCCAGCGAGGGUGUUCGCUGUACGCCUUCUGGCGCCCUGAUUGCGAAACCAUGCACGCGACAGGAGGUAGAAUUCUACGAAUCCAGCGCGCUCCACCCCGCAUUCCAGGAGUUUAUGCCCCUCUACGUCGGAUCCCUCUCAUCUUCUGAGCAGCAACAACCGCUGGCGAUUGCUGCCGCCCGCGAAUCUGGCGCCCUUCCACUCCCUGAGUCGGGCGAUGUAACUACCGAUUCCUCCCUUCCUAGCCAACCUCCAUCCCGCACAGACUCCGCCCACGAAGACGGCGCUGCCCCUGCCAAGGAGGAAACAGCAUGGGUACCCUCCGGAGGCAAGAAAAUCGAUACUGGCUUGUCCAUUGUACUGGAGAACAUCGCCUGCGGGUUCCGUCGGCCGAACGUGCUAGACGUGAAGCUCGGUGCGCGUUUAUGGGACGACGAUGCGCCGCUCGAGAAGCGAAAGAAGCUUGAUGCUGUCUCUAAGGAAACUACCAGUUCUAGCCUUGGAUAUCGCAUUGCGGGCAUGAAAGUCUGGACUGGCCACAAUGGGGAAACUGAUGAGGGCGACCGGACGGAUCCGUACGCUACGAAAUACGAGGGCGCAGAGGGCGAAAAAGGUGAAGUAAUCGAGAAGGAUGGCUACCGCCGGUUUGACAAGUGGUAUGGUCGCUCUUUCAAUGAGGGUAAUGUCAAGCAAGGCUUUGAAACAUUCCUUGCUGGCGCAAAGGCGGGCAAGAUCGACCGAUCGAAGAUGGUCGCCCAGCGCCUAGCUGAAGAGUUGAAAAACCUGCAGCGGGUUCUCGAAUCUGAAGAGAGUCGGAUGUACUCUGCCAGUGUGCUGGUGGUCUACGAAGGAGAUGUAGAGGCCAUGGAGCGCGCAAUUGAAGAGGAACAAAAAGCCCCAGCACCCCGUUCUGAGGAAGAAGAAGAAGAGGAGGAGGAGGAGGAAUUUGAAGUUCCCGAAGAAGCUCUGGAAAUGGUCAACGUCCAGAUUGGUGAUGGAGUGCCUCAGCAGGCUAUCAAUAUCAACAUUGAUCCCGAUACCAUGCAGAUGUCGGACGAGGACGAUGAAGAGGAUGAACCCCCGAAAGUCCAUGCCCUCCGCGUCAUUGAUUUCGCACAUGCCAGUUGGACCCCUGGACAAGGCCCAGAUGAGAAUCUUCUCAGGGGUGUGCGCAGCCUCGUCAAGGUCUUUGAGGAGCUAUCCGAGUAA